AUCUCAAGUCUUGGACAUUGCCUCACUUCCUUUCCGUCUCUUCUUCUCAGGUGUUUAUCUUGGCCAUGAUGACGGUGGAGCUGUUCGGCAUCAUGGGUCUGAUUGGCAUCAAGCUCAGCGCCAUCCCUGUGGUCAUCCUGAUCGCCUCUGUGGGCAUUGGAGUGGAGUUCACUGUUCACAUUGCACUGGGCUUCCUGACAGCAAUUGGCAACAGAAACAAGCGCUCGGAGGUGGCUCUGGAGCACAUGUUUGCCCCGGUGGUCGAUGGAGCUAUCUCUACGCUGCUCGGCGUUCUCAUGCUGGCAGGGUCAGAGUUUGACUUCAUCAUGAGGUACUUCUUUGCCGUGUUGGUCAUCCUGACAGUGUUGGGCAUGCUGAACGGCCUAGUUCUCCUGCCUGUCCUCCUUUCCAUGAUGGGGCCACCAGCUGAAGUGACUCCAGUCGACAACGCCAGCCGGUUACCCACACCCUCCCCUGAGCCCCCGCUCCCGCCACCCAUGGCCCACCACGGGUACUACACAGGUCACCACAACCCGCGGUCAUCCCGCCAGCAAGCGUUUUCGGAGUCGUCGGACUCCGAGUAUUACUCUGAGAUGACCACCACGUCAGGGAUAGGGGAGGAGGAUUAUAAGUACUGUGACCAGAGCGCAUACAUAGAAUCGCAUGCCAACGUUGUGCCUCCUACGUCUCACAUUCUACUGGAAGCCAGCAAGAACCCCAGCUUCCCCAAGCUCACGGUGGUGAAGCCGUUUAAAGAAAAUGCAACAGGUGCUGGUGGGAGGAUAGAACCAUUAAACGAAUCUUCAUACAAUGCACAGUCACCUCUCAGCUCCCAGGUUACGUGCUGGGACAGAAACAAGCGGGAGCAGCAGCCGGGCCCUCAGAGGCUCCAGGCUCAGCCUGGCCAACAUUUACCCAGCGACAGAGCUUACUUCCCUGGGAGGACUUGUCAAAGUGGGCCCAGGCCUCAGAACGGCAGAGGGCCUCAGCCAAACAGAACUAAAGGGCCAAGCUAUAACAAUAGCACCUCCAUCCUGCCGUCACAACAAGGCUCGACUGGGGGUCCCGUCACUAUGGUUACAGCCACAGCCUCUGUGACGGUGGCUGUGCAUCCGAACUUGCCGGGGGCAGCGUAUCAAGGCUACAUGCAUGAAGGUUUUGACACUGACAGCGAGACAGACUGUUUCGAGGCUGCUAAAAGGACUUGUGGUGACAAAACAAACUUUUCUUCAUAUAAGAGAAACUCUAUAGAGAUCCAGGACUUGGAAGAAACACAGACAAAGCUUUGCAAGACACAAGGUGGGUUGAGGAUCCAGGCAGCCAAAGAUUGCUAGACUCUCAUACACACUGUGCCUUCUGCUUCUUCAAGCCUCUGGCUGCCUCCCCGGAGCACCUUGACCCCCACGUGGCGCCACACUGCGUCUCCAACUCUCAACUGUACAUAGACUUCAAACAACAACAAAAAAAGAUUUAUUUCAAGGACAUAUUAAGAAACAAAUGACUUGUUUUAAGAAUUAUAUAAAUCUAUGAGUAUAUAUUUUAAUACUAAAAAAGAGCUAUUUAAAGGAGUACUGUAUAACUUGGGUAUACUCUUGUGUAAAAGAUCAGAUGUAAAAGAUUAUUUUUGGGGGGGUUGGGGGGGGCAGUUGAUUUCCCCCCUCCCUCCAUAGUGUAUAGAAUAAGAAAUGUGCUAUAUGUAAAAAGUGUCCACAGAGAGUGAGAUGUUAUUAAGAUAUUAGGCUAUUGAACAUACAUGGUCAGUGUUUUAUUUCUAUUUGUAUUGUGAUGUUUGGUUUUUUUUGCUGCUACACAAUAAUUGUAAGUGAUUUGCCUUAAAAAAUGCAGUAUCCCCCCCUUGUCUCCCUCUCCCUCACUGCGUCUGACACACUCUCUUGUAUUUUAAAUAUAGAUAUUCUUAUUGCAGUGUAAUAAAAGCAGAGAAUUACACUGUUUCCUAAGCAGCAGUAACCACCGUGCCUUUAGUAAAAUCUCCCUGUCCUUGUUAUAUCGCAACGUCCAGCUCAGUAUUAUGUUCCCGCUUUCGUGUGAAUGUCAUUUGUUUUGUCCAGUCACAGAGUAGAUUGAUGAUUGUCAGUUAUCACAUCAUGUGUCCAUGUAUGGGAACAUUUUUUAAUGUGAUCAUUCUGUCUACACACGCUGGCAGGGUCACUUCUAAUUCAUGUAUCAUUUUUAAUGUUGAGUCUGGCAAUGUCCUCAGUUUCCGCAGUUUUAAACUACUUGAAGGAGCUAUGAUAAGAUUAUACUUGUUUUUUCUACUGCAGUUUUUGUAAGCUCCACAGCGGUCGAAGUUCACAUUUGUCACUUUGAGACAAACAUGUUGCUCGCCUCCUCGUUUUAUUUCGAAAGGGAAUUAUAAAAAUCCAAUGCAAAGGGAGUGAUUUUAUUUGUUUUCUGCCUAUUUUUUUUUUCUUUGCUGGCUGCUUUCAGGGUUGUAAUGCGUUCAUGCUGUUGCGACCCAGUGCAAUUAUUGCAUUGUGUAAAUAGGUUCAUUCUUUAAUUAUAAUGCUUCCGCCUUCUCCAACUCACUUUCUAAUGUCUCCCUCUGCUUAUUCAUACAAACCUCACAUGUGCCACACUCUUUCUUUCUUUUUGUUCUUAGGAUUUAUCUUUUAAUUUAAGUUUCUGUCAUUGUUUGUUCAGUAUUGGUCUCAUCACUGCCAGGUUAAAUUGCAGGGAAAAACUUUGCCAAUCAUUUUUUUUUUCUUUCAUGUCAUUUUUUUAAGUGGCAGCUUUCUUUUGUAAAUACGGAAGAAGAGUUCAGUGGCUACUGUUCAGAAACGGGCGAAGCACCAUUCUCACUUCGACCAGACGGGAGGUGUUGUCAGACAGUGGGGGGGAGGGGGGGAGCUCCUGCAUUAGUUUGUAGUUUAUUUCAACAACAAAAAAUUGUUAAUGUCAUGCCAUAUAAAUUAUUUAUAUUAAAAAUUUAUUUUUGUAGUUUGUACAGAUGUUAGUAUCUAGACUGAAGUUAUAUUUUUAAAGAGUAAAUAUAUAUUAUAUAUAAAUAUAUCUAUUUGUUGACGAGUUUGUUUUUGUUGUUUUGUUUGCAUUUUUUUUUGAUUUGGGGGAGAUUAUGGGAGGGAGGGGUUGACAACACUUUAGAGCAGAGGCCUUUUGUUUUUUCUGUUAUUUUUGUGGAGCGAAGGGUUGGAGGACCAUGAAGGAGAAGGUGUGUAGGAAUGUGUCACUGUUACACCUUGUUUCUAAGUUUUCUCUCGGCCCUUCCUUUCAUUGUCAUUUUUUUUAUGUUCUUGUCCAUGUCUAAAACACUGUGACUUCUGAAAACUAUGCUCAAGAAAACCCUUGCGUGACCGUUAUGUUCCCUCACCUGCUAUAGAAAUUUAACUAACAAAAUAAAUUGAAUGAAAAA